AGUAAUAUAUCGACGAAAGAGCAGCAGUUGAGAAUGGUGAAGCAUUUGAUCAAUCAAACUGAACAGAAAUUAAAACAAGUGAAGAGCCGUAAACCAGAUCUGGAAGCAGCAAAGACUGCCGUUCAGUGUGCACGGCGUGAUGCCAUCAAAAAACAUGUGCAAAUCUUCAAUGAAUCAAUCGAACUGAUCAGGAAAUUGGAAUCGACAAUCAAAUCGAGAACGUUUGCAAGACGUCGAUACCAGGAGGCAUCUCGACUGAUUUGGGAGGAUAAUGAGCGGAUGAGCGACAUCAAGGAGAAGCUGCACAGCGCCAAGCGAAGAUUCGGAGAAUGUCAAGAAGAAGUGAGUGAAGUAAAGCAGAGAAUGGAAGAGAUCACUCGAAAGUUGUUUAAUUUAUGUCAGAUCAAUUCAACGAAGGAAAAUCUGUUGGACAGGCGACAACAAACUUUAUUAAAGGAUCUGAAGAAUCAAUGGACAUCAAAUUCGAUACCUUCCGAACUGGAACACGUUCAAGAAAUGCUCGCGGAUGAAAGAGCAAGACUGGAGUUGGCUUCGAGUGAUGGCACGAAAUCGGUUUCAUUUUCUUAUUCGCUUUAUUGA